AUGCUGCAGAUGCGGCAAACCGGAACAGCGGACCAAGAGCACGACUGCAACGAAAAAUGUGUCAACUGCGGUGGGUCGCAUCCAGCCACCGACCCAAAGUGUCCGGCAAGACAGCGGGGGCCACUCAACAAGGCUCACGUUCGUCGCCAGCUAAACCGCCAACCUCCAGUACAAUGCAGGCCUCUGACGGGACUGUUAGGACCGCGUCAGAAGCCAUCUGCGGCGUCAACCAAGGUAGAGCACCCGCAACCCAGACCACGGCCGAGCCACAACCCACUGGCGCGCGAGGAAUUCGCGCCCAUCACGGAUCCCACACCUGCGGAAGCAGCUGCGAUGGAACAAGGACCGGCGCCGAACCCUAAGAAGCGGAACCGAAAUCCCCCUGAAUCACCAGGUCAACCACCCGCCGUCCCGGCAGCUGAGCUCUCCGAUCCCCGCGAGCCCGCGAGUAAAGUAAGGUUGACGGAGCCGCAACCCCCCAAACCCACACCUUCCCUCACACCGCCACCCUCCACACCCCCUGAACCCAGCCCCACAUCAGAAUGCGAGCUUACCCCCCUAAAGGCACAAGCGACGUCAGACCAAAACCUAGAAAAGCUCAGAGAAGAAUCCAACGCCAAGUUGAAGGCGCUCCAAGCCGAGAUGAUGGGUGAGCUUGACAGGCGAGUCUGUGAGCUGGCCAAGGUCAUCCACAAUGACGUACAAGCUCAGAUGCGUAGCUUUGCGGAAGAAAUCAUCUCACAACAAGAGUCUCGCUUCCGGCAGAUCAUACAACCCCUCAUCCAGCCCUUGAUGAAGCAGGUGGCGGAACUCACAGUUCAGUUGCGCCAAAUCACGCAAUCCAGAAUCAUGGUCUCCAUUCCCAACGAGUCUGUGGUCGCCAUCACAAGCAACACCGCACCCACACCAACAGCGGUCAACGCGAAAAUCCUGCCCAACCCCACGACCCAGGAGCCCCCUGGCACACCUCAGAUCUAA